UCGCAGAUACACGCGGCAGUGUGAGGUUAUGCGAUGCAAAUUUCAAACAUUUCACAUUUGGAAUAAAAACCAUGACUCACUGCAAGGUCCAUAACGUGGGCUUCUACCUGCCCGAGCCGAGAGCGAUAUACUGCUUCGCGUUAAACAAGAGACGCGAAAAAUUGGCUCUGUCGAGGUCCGACGCUAGCGUCGAAAUAUGGAACUUGAAGUACGCCCCGUUUAUGGAAAAGUGCGUGCCCCCGUCGCUCGAAAAUUUCAGCAUCGAAGGCUUAUGUUGGGCAGGCGACCGCCUAUUUAGCGUCGGUUUGCACGGCUGCGUGUUUGAGUACGACCUGUAUAGGAUGCGGUCCAAAUCGAAAUGGAUCGUGACGGGGGAGGCGGCCACAUGCCUGGACGUGAACAAAUCCAAUACUCUUUUGGCGGUAGGAACCGAACUAGGUUACAUAAACCUGUUCGGUAUUUGCGAAGACGGUUUAGAUUUCGACAGGUUUCUCGAUAAACAAGAGGGACGGAUAGUGUGCAUAAGGUUCGACCAUUCGGGCGAAUUCCUGGUGACGGGCAGCCUGAACGCCGUCAGGGUUUGGAACGUGAGCUCGGGCCACGCGAUCCAUAAGAUGCAGUUGGGUCGGUCGGAAGCCAAAAAAGAGACGGUGGUGUGGUGCCUCGAGAUUUCUAGUGAUUUUACGGUGUUCACCGGCGAUUCGAGGGGCAUAUUGACGCUCUGGGACGGCAGAAUGGGAGCCCAAAUCGAACAGUAUCAAUCGCACAAGGCAGACAUACUAAGCGCGUGUUUGUCGGAGGACGAGGAUUGUUUGUAUUGCGCGGGGGUCGACCCCUUGAUUACGAGUUACAUGAAAAUCACCGUCAAGGAGGGGGUCACAAAGUGGGUAAAAUCGGUGCACAGGAAGAUACACGAACACGACGUCCGGGCGAUGGCCCUCCUGGGUAAAAAGCUAUAUACAGGCGGGAUGGACAGUUAUCUGACAUGCAGCUACCACCCGCCAAAGACUUUGAUCAAGUUCCCGCCCCUAAUCUAUGGUCGGUGCGUCCACGUAGCGUCGCAAGCGCGACGCAUCUUGCUUAGGUACCCCACACGUGUGGAGCUGUGGUCGCUGGGCGAGACCGAGCCCGCGGACGACACCUAUCGGGGAUUGUUGGAAUUAAAAUCAAAAUGCAAAAAGUUGGUGGCGGUGCAGCGGAUGGGCCGAAACUGGAACGACGAGUACGAAGGCGAGGGCGUGGUUUGCUGCGCCAUAUCCGACGAUGGUCGGUGGAUACUCGUCAGCACACAUUUGGGCUUUAGAUUGUACCGCUUUAGCGUGGAGGACGGCGUACCAGAACUGAUCAAAAUGGACGACCUGAAGGGAGGCGAGGAUCCCUGCGUGCAGGCCGUUUUCGUCGGCGAGCAGCUGGUUUGCGCCCUAAGCGUCGGCACGCUUGCCGUAUACGAUUUGACAGACGAAGAGGUGUCGCUCGCGCAGACCAUAGAUCACAGGGACGAAUUGUCCGACACUGUGACGUUUUUGGGCGCCUCGAGUUGCGGUAAAUACCUGGUGGCCGCGGACGGCGGCGGCAACGUGACGAUUUGGACGAAAAGGAACCGCGAGUGGCGGAAUUACUCGCGGUUGCCGCGGUACGAAGUUCCGCCCACCGCCCUGGCCGUCCACCCGGUCACCCUGAACCUGGUGGUCGCCUACGCCGACGGCAAGGUGAUCGAGUACAGCGUGAAGAAGAAGCAGCUGACGCGCUUCUCGCUGCGUUUGGCGGAAGACGUGCCCCAGUGGCGCGCGAGGGGCGGGGCCGUCCGGAACAUCACUUUCGAUCCGAGGAAGAAGAACGUCUUGCUGCUCCACGACGAGGCCAACAUCGCCGUGGCGAACAAGGAGAGGAGGACGCCCUCCGAGGACGCCGAGCCGAGCCCGAAAAAGGCGUCGAACCGGAACCAGGGCGCCGAGCCCGACGUCAGGGUAGUUCAAAAGUACAAGCAUCUGGUUCACCUGGAGCGUGUCGUCGACGAGCAGUACCUGGCGGUGGAGGUGAAUCCGCUCGCCAUAUUGGAGAAACUUCCGCCCGCGUUCGCGCAGAAGACUUUCGGAACCAAAUAAAAUGAUUUUUUAGACUU